AUAAACUUUGCUGCGCCUCAGCUCUCUUUUUAAUUUGGUUUCAGACCAGACAAUAUUGCUUUAUGAAAACUUUAGCCCGUUGGCCUAGCCUAGUCUUAAUUUAAUACACUAACCUAUAAAGCUAGUAAUUUACUUGGAAAUUCAAAGAGAAGAUAAAAAAUGGUUGGAAAACGAACAGCUUCAGAGUCAAAUAAUAACAGAAGUGAUAAAAGGAAAAGGAAAAGUUGCUCAGCCAGUGAAAAGCAGUCAUCAGUAUUUAAUACAAAUUUGCCAGCUGUUAAGUAUGUGCCAAAGUUUAAGAAAAAGAGGAUGGUCAAGGAAUCCAGUGAAAUAGAAACCAAUGUAGAUAAUCAGUUAGAAAGAAAAAAAGGUGAAAAGAAGAAUAAAUUACCAUGUAAAGAGUUACCAGAAUUGAUGUCAAAUGAUGUGAAAAUAGAUGUACCAGAUAAGAAUAUUGGAAUAACUACAAAUACUGACACAAAUAUGGAAAUUUGUUUAGUUCCAGUAAAACCAGCUUUGUCUGGGGCUGAGGUAAAUGAACAUGAAUUAAGAACUGUGAACAACAAAAUAUCAUCAGAACUUUGUUCAGAAAAUGAGCCCACUGAAGUGGAAUCCAUCAAAAUUACACAAAUGUAUGACUACGAUAAUAAUAACAAGAAACAUAAUCCAGAACAGAAAAUUGAUGAUCCCAGUGUUUUAGAUUAUGGAAUGGAGACAGGCAAGAAGAAUGAACAUCUGAUAAAAAGAAAGAAUACAGGAAGUGUUAAAAAUGAUUUAAUUCAUUUUAAUAAUGAAGUAGACGUGGAACUAGAGUUUCAAAUUAUUAAAACUGAUGAUGGGUCCAAGAAACCUUUUGCAAGUAAUAAGGAAAUCACAACCGAUUCUUGUAUUAAAGAACUUGAACUGACAGGAGCAACACAUGACAAUUUCUUGACUAAUUCAGCUGGCAGCUCUCAAAUAAUUGUACCUCCUGCUAGCGAACUGGUGCAGUCUGCCAACAGCAUCCAAAAUACACGUACAUCUGAGUCCAGUAGACGGAUAAUUGAAGAAUCUGCUAUAGACGUUAAGGAUGCUAUUGCAGAUUUCAAUAUGGAGAGGACAGGACAUUCUGAUGAUUAUGCUGCUGCUCAUACAUCUGUGGAAGUCAAUGAUGAAGAAAAUGACGGACAGGAUGAUGCUGAUGGUGAAAUGCAUAAUGCACCUUUUGAUCUGCAGUAUUCUGAAACAUCUAAUAAUGAGAAACCAGUACUAUACACUAUUAAUGAAAUUAAGAGCAUCAAAAAUGUGAAUCCUCAUGUUGGCGAUACUAAUCAGUUCUCUGAAUCAACUGAUACUGGACCACUCCUAGAUACUGAGGAUGAAACAAUUACUGAAGAUAAGAAAAUGAAUGCUCCUGCUGUUGAGAUGGUAGCGAUAUCCAACAAUAGUGCUGAGCAAACUGAUAUCCAGAGCAAUCAAAUUCCUAACAAGACCAAAACUAUUACUGAAAACCAAAUAAUCAAUGUUCCACCUGACUUAGCAGUGACAGCCACUGAUAUUUCCAUUGAAGAUCAAGUAUGUGAUAUUCCAAACAUCCAGAGCAUUGACAGUACCAUUAUUGGUAACCAAGUGAUCAAUAUGCCUUCUGGUAUUGAAAAGACAAGACUUCCUAAUAUCAUUACUGAUGAUUGUGUACCUCUAUCAGGUGAUGUCAAGGACAUAAAAACUAUUGUCAAUCACACCAACAACAUAGCUAAAGAACAAAUGAUCUGUGAGCCUUCUAGUGUUGAAAUUAAAAACCCAAUGUAUACUGCUCAAUAUGGCAGUAAAAAUACUAAGAGUGAUAUUGAGAAUGUUGCAGACCAGAUGAUCCAGGUGCCGUCUAUUGAGAUGAAAAGCAUUUCUGUUGUUGCUGAUGAUCAAAUAUUGGGAUCAACACACACUGCUGUUCAAGACAUUCCAAUUACCAACAAAGACACAAGUAGCAUGCCUUCUCUCAUUGCAAUGAUAAACCUCUUUGACAUUGCAAAACCUAGAGUGUUGGAUCCAACUGAUACCGACGUUAAGGGCUUCCAAAUUUCUGAUAAUGUCACUAACACAAGUGCUGAACAACAGAUGAAUGCGCCAUCUGGUCUUGAGAUGGCAAGCCUUCCUGAAGUUGUUACCGAUGCUAAGAAUGAAAUAUCCAAAGCAUGUGAUACUGAUGUCCGGUUUAUUCAGGGUGCAACACUAGAGACAAAGCAUAUUUCUAAUGAUCAAAUAAUCACUGACUACACUGAUAAUAUACAUAUGGAAAAAAUAUCUAGCAGUGUACCAAAUGUUGAUGCUGAAGAACAGAGGAUGUCAACUUGUGAUAUUGUGGAUCAAUCUAGUAGUCUCCAGAAAAUAGAUGUAACUAAGAAAUGUGACCCAGAUAUCCCAACUGAGGAUAAUGUUGAUCAAUCUAUUAAUCUUCAACCGACCAACAUGUGUGACAAGGAGAUUGCAAUCGAAGGUAAUGAAGGUCAAUCUAGUAAUUACCAGCAAAGAGUUGCAACUAAGAUAUCUGACCUGGAAAUACCAACUGAAGAUAAUGAAGACCAUUCCAGUUAUAAUUGCCAGCAAAUAGAUACAACUAAGAUGUGUGACCACGAGGUGCAAGCUCAGGAUAAUGACGAUCAAUGCAGUAAUCCCAAACCAAUGAAGAGACAUGUCCAAGAUAUGCCAGUUGAGGAUAAUGAAAGUCAACUUAGUAAUCUUCAGCAAAUAGAUGCAACUAAGAAGUUUGACCAGGAGAUAUCAACUGAGAGUCAUAAAGAUCACUAUGGUAACCUCCAGCAAAUAGAUGCAUCUGAGAGCUGUGGCCAAGAGAUGCCAAUUGAAAACAAUCAAGGUCAAUCCGGUGAUCACCAGAAAAUAGAUGUAACUAAGAGCUGUGACCAAGAGAUGCCAGUUGAAGAUAAUCAAGAUAAUGUUAAUGAACUCCAGCAAAUAGAAGCAGAGAUGCUUGAAAUAACCAACUCACAAAUUUGUCAAAUGGAAUUGGAAUAUUCACUGGAUGACUUAGGGUAUGACUUGUUAUGGUUUUCUUACUUGCACACACUGACAAACUUACACACAGGGGCACUCACUUGCAUACAUAUUCACACACAUACCUGCACCUGGAUCACACAAGCUGCUGCCUCAAGUCAGAUCUAUAAAAAGAUUGUCUAAGCCGUAGCUUCCAUCAGUCAUUUCCAUCAACAAUUAA